CAUUCCGAGAGCAGGACCUGCCCUACGAUCCUGGUUGGGAAUAAGAACGAUCUAGUGCGAUCCAGGCUCGUUAGUGCAGAUGAUGGGAAACUCAUUGCCACGCUUUACGAUGCCAAAUACAUAGAAACAUCGGCAGUACUGAAGCACCAAGUCGACGAAUUAUUGGUUGGCAUUUUAACACAUCUGAAACAGAGGACUGGCGACGGGGAGAGGAAACUGAAGAGAGGAACAAGUGCAAAGAAAUUCUUUCGUCGAAUUCUGAGUUUUGAUUGCUCCGAACCAUCAGAUUGUGAAAUAACUUAUGGGUAAUACCGUUGAUGGGUCUCAAUGUAGACAACACUCUGUUCGGGAUACCUAACACUAGAAGGUGUGUCUUGUUUCGGAUUAACAAAGACGCAGCGCCAUCUUUAGGAGAAAAUGCAUUUUGCGGGAAGUCUCAUUUUCGACUGCAGUUGAACACUCACGCACAAACAGUUAAAAUACAAUGCGUUGUAACUGACAGCUCAACUUUUAUGCUCAAUUAAGAGCUUCGAGAUGAACUAUUUCUAUAUUACAUGUAGGUGAUUUCAAAUACAAUAAUGUGCCUUCACCCACUUGAAAGACAAAAAGGACGAAAACCAUACAUGGCUCCAUGGCAUUUUAUUGGUAGAUACAACUGAACAAAAUUACGAAUAACCGAAGCCCAUGCAGUCUACAUGCAGAGUAUUAUCAAAAUUGGUGAUGACUAUGACCAAUUCAGCCUUUUUACAUACGCUAUGUAUUUUACCAACGCAAGUUAGCACAAGUUAGAAUAAUGGUGUAUGUUUUCAAUUUUGCCAUACCUUG